CCUUAUUAACAGAUCAUUAUGAGAUAGCAUUAUUUCGACUGUUUACGCAUAUUUGCCAAAAAACUCUAAUUUGAUCUAAGUACCUGAAAUCAUAAAGGCUGUGACAGCUUCUGAACACAUCACUAACCAUAACUAAAUUUUUACUUUAACACUAAAAAGCAAUCAUAACCUUAAGUUCUGGCAAAUAUAACAGUGAAAGUUCACAUCCCAAAAGAUAGAUACUCUCGUGUGAUUAUUCAAAAGAGGGGAAACACCCAGUCGACUAUAAAUAACAAAAUCGUGAAGUCCUUUGCACCAUUCACCUCUUAACAUCUUGGACAAACACAAAGAUGAGGGCAUUCCAAUUGAUUGCUUUGGUUCUCGCCGCCGCAGCUGUAGCCUCUUGCGAAGAGGCUAAAAAGCAAGAAAAGAGAGGACUUCUCGGUCUAGGAUACGGAUAUGGCAGUGGCUUCGGACAUGGAGGUUCAGGCCUAUCUGGUGCCUACGGCCUCUCCGGCGGGUACUCCCUUGGAGGAUCAGGUUUUGGAUACGGCGGAGGAUUGGGAGGCCUUGGAGGUGGUUUUGGAGGUGGAGUUGGAGGUGGAAUUGGAGGCGGUGUCAACACCGUAACAACCAUCAACAGAGCAGUCCCAGUACCGGUUCCACAACCCUAUCCUGUAACUGUGAACCGUCCAGUACCAGUUCCAGUGGCUCAACCAGUUCCAGUCCCAGUAGACCGUCCAGUAGCUGUUCCAGUUCCACAACCCUACCCAGUGACUGUUAACCGUCCAUACCCAGUGGAAGUACCUCGUCCAUACCCUGUACCCCACCCAGUACCUGUACCAGUAAGAGUACCCCACCCAGUACCCGUAUCAGUUCCAGCUCCAUACCCUGUCAGCGUACCACAACCCGUUCCAGUACCACAACCCGUUGCUGUUCAGGUAGCUACUCCAGUAGCUGUUGGUGUGAGUGGCGGUAUUGGAGGAGGAUUUGGACGCGGUCUUGGGGGAGGAUUUGGACGCGGUCUUGGCGGUGGACUCGGAGGAUAUGGUUAUGGAUCUGGAAUCAGUUAUGGAUCUGGACUUGGAGGACACGGUAUAAUCUCAUCAAGUAGCUACGGAUCCCUUUCUGGUGGUCAUGGAUACAUCUCUCAUCACUAAAUGUUGACGAUAUUCAAUUCUCUAUAUAUAAUCAGACUGCCUGUAAAAUAUACGAGCCAAUGAAAGUAUUGUGACCAUGUACAUAUAGUGAGCAAAUAUAAUUAUAGCUACAAUA